UAUGCAUAAAUAUAUAAAAAUAAAUAUUGCUUGAAAUUAGCUAAGCAAACUAUUUGGUAAACAUUUUUUGGAUAGUAAACUGAGCCGUAACCGAAAUUCAGAAUAUUCAAAUAAAUAACUUUUGACAUAAGUGAAGUGCAGUGCGUAUAAAUUACAACAAAAAAACAAAAAAACAAAAUUUGUAAACAUUUUGUACGAUUAAAAAUUAAGGCAUUUUUGGAUUAACGCGUAAAUUUGCAAUUGGAUUUAAAGCAUUUGUCGUGUUCGGAGUGCGCGUCCUGAAAAUCAACUGCUCUCUCACAAAAUAAAUAAAAAUAAAUAAAUAAAUAUAAAUAUAAAUAAAAACAAAAAUAAAGGUAAAUAAAUAAAUAAUAAAAGGCAACGUUGCAACUAAAUAAUAUUAAUCGAAACCAGAUAUAAUUGAAUAAUUCAAUAUAAAUAAAUAAUUUUAUGCGUUGGCAUCCAAAGUCGUUCACGCUUUACAAACGCAACAAACAAUUGCAAAAUUCCCUUUGGCUAAGAAUUAAUAGCGGCCAAAUUGCUUUUAUGCAAAGCCGGCUAAUUAAUUCGACGAAAUUCCAUUUUGGCAACAUUGAAAACAACGUUAAAAUUAAUAACAAACAAUCGAAGAACACACAUAAUAAUAACAAACCGAACGGUCCGCAUAUUGUGGACAGCUUCCAUUGGCCUUGGCCCGAUCCCUUAAGCCACAUACGAGCGAGUCAACCAAAGGAACACAACAAGUACAACUAACAAAAUGGAUCCACAACAGCAGUUCUGCCUCAAAUGGAACAGUUACUCGUCCAAUUUGGCUAUUACCUUCUCCAAUCUAUUCAAAUCGGAUCUGUUGGCCGAUGUCACAUUAUCCUGCGAUGGCGCCGUAUUUAGAGCACACAAAUUAAUAUUGGCUGCCUGUUCGAAAAAGUUCGCCGAUCUGUUCGAGAACACACCCACAAAUGGCCAGUGCGUCAUCAUAUUGGAGGCGACCACGCCAGACAACAUGGCCGCACUGCUGGAGUUCAUGUACAAGGGCGAGGUGCACGUCUCCCAGGAGGCGCUCAACAGUUUUCUCAAGUCCGCCGAGAGUCUACAGGUCAAAGGUCUGUCCACAGAGACCGGCCGCCUGGCCGCCCAGCAGGCACAGCAGCAACACAUGGGCGGCGACAGCUCGCCGCUCGACUCACCCACCGGUCGGCGCAGCAUGCGCAACAGCUUAAGCGGCAGCAGCGGCGCCGGCAUUGUCGGCGGCGGCGGCGGCGGCUUAGUUGGCGGCGGCAACAGCGGACCCAUAGCCAGCGGCAUGGGCAACGGCAAUGGGCUGAGCCUGGCUGGCGCCCUGAGCGGCAUGGCAGCUGCCGGCGGCAUGGCCGCCGCGGCCAGCGUUGCGGCAAGCGGCUUGAGCGCUUUAGCGGCCAGUGCUGGUGCAUUGGAUCGCUGCGGCAGCGCCGGCGGCAACAUUAUCAGCGGCUCGGCAGCGGGCAGCGUUGGACCAUUGAGCUCUGGCGCCGGCGGCAACGGCGGCGGCAGCAGCAGCAGCGGCGGCGGCGGCGGCGGCAGUGGUGGCAACGGCAUGGGCGGCAACAAUGGACCCAUCAGUUUGGGCAGCGGUGCUGGCGCCGCUAUGCAUUUGGGCGGCUCGACAGGCAGCCUGAAACAGGAAUGCGACUCACUGAUGCAUGCAAGCAACUCCUCAGCGCUGGGCGCCAUGUCCGGCUACGUGCCGCCCAUGUACCACCGUCCGAUGUCCUUCAAUGAGCCGCUGCGCAAGCGCGCCCUCCGCAGUCCCUAUCCCGAACAGGAGCUUCGCGGCAGUGUACUGCGCGAUGGCUCCAAGAACUCCUCGGAGUGCCCCAGCCCCAUCAACAAGCCACCGUACCAUCGGCCCUCGUCCAGCGCCUCCUCAACGGCGCCCACCGAGGCGGACACAAUGCACUCGGAACGUGCCUCACCGCAGUCCAGCCGUUAUGAGAACCACAGUCCCAGCACCACGGCCGGCAAUGGGAAUGCGCCCAGCAGCCUGGAUCGGAUUGUCAAAUCGGAGCGCAACAAUGGCAGCGCCAAUGAGGCUAACGACGACGAACGCGAACUGAUGGACGAGUCCACAGAUAAUGGCGCCGAGGAUUUGCGUGUGAAACUGGAGAAUUCGAACUUUUCACCGCCGCCGGCCAACUCGAACACCUCGUCGACCACACCGAACACGCUGCUGGAGAAUCUGAAGAACGCGGACGGCUCGCUCUCCGGCAACUUGGCCGCCUCGAUAGCGCCCGCCGACAUGCUGAACGUGUGGAACGCCACCAAGAUGAACAACAAGAACAGCGUGAACACCGCCGACGGCAAGAAGCUGAAGUGCUUGUACUGCGAUCGCCUCUACGGCUACGAGACGAAUCUGCGCGCCCACAUCCGGCAGCGGCAUCAGGGCAUCCGUGUGCCCUGCCCCUUCUGCGAGCGGACAUUCACGCGCAACAACACGGUGCGCCGGCACAUUGCCCGCGAGCACAAACAGGAGAUUGGCCUGGCCGCCGGCGCGACAAUUGCGCCGGCCCAUGUCGCCGCAGCGGCGGCGGCAGCGGCGGCCGCCAAUCAUUCACCAUAGGAAGCGGCCGCAACGGCAGCGGCAGCAGUAGUCAUGAGCGCCCACAAGGAGGCGGCAAAGCAGCGUAAACGUAAAUCACUCAAAAUGGCAUUGGAGAAGUGCAUGCAGCGGCGGGACGCGAUGGCGUCCAGCGUCGAUGCGGCGGCGGUGGCAGGCAGCGGGGGCGAAACUGCCACCAGUGGGGGCGCAUUAACGGAAGAGGGCGACGAGGAGGCGGCGGCAGCGGCGGCCGCUGCCAGCGGGCUGCUCAGCUUUGUGCAGCAGCAGCAGCAGGUGCACCAGGAGCUGGCGCUGCAAAUCAAGGCGGCCAUGGCCGCCGAACAGGAGCAGCACCAGCAGCAGCGCCAGCAGGCCGAGGCAGCGGAGGCCAUGGACACCACGGCCAAUACAACGGCAACAACCACAACAACGGGCAACACAACAACAACGACCACAACGGAUGGCAGCGAUGCGGAGGCUAGUGAUGUUAGCGGCAGCGAGGCGGCAGUGCGAGCAACUGCGUCCUCCGCUGCCAUGGACAUUGAUGAGCCGCUGCGUUCGCCGGAGCCGGAGUCCGAGCUGGUUGUGGUUGAGCCCAAGAUAGAGCCGCUCUCGGACAGCGAAGAAGAGCGGGAGCACGAGCAGGAGCAGGAGCGGGAGCGGGAGCGGGAUGAGCGUCUAUAUAUCGCAACACCACCGCCGCCGUCAGCCGCUGAGCUGCACCGCACGCCCACGCCCACCAGCCAAAUGAUGUUGCCACACGAAGCGCCCACAUUGACCUCGACGCCCAAGCUCAAUGUGGAUGUCAAUGAGCAGUAAGCAAAACCCGCCACAAGUCCCCCCCCCCACACAAAAAAAAAAAAUGAAGACCCCUCGAAGAAUUUAAUGCCACAAGCAAAUAUUGAUUGAGUGAUUGAUAAAGAGUGAUUGAUUGAUGUAUAGAGAAGAAACGUUUACGCGCAGAUCAUGAACAUCAGAUGAUCAGAACAUGAAGAAGAAGAAGAAGAUAAUGACUACUGUUGCAACUGUUGUUGCCCUCGGAGACCACCUACAAAAAGAAAACAAAAAUCAAGUCCCAGCCUUUGCAGACUGGGCGAAAUGUUUACUAUAAACUAAUCUAACUAACUUUAAACAUAACCCACACCACACUAACACACACGCAUGCACACACACACACACACACACACAAACACACACACACAGGUACACAACUGCAGUAUUUGAUGUUUAAAUAAUGAAUUUUAUGGACAAAUUUAAUUUCUGACAACAACAACAAAAACAACACAACAAAUUAGCAAAAAAGAAAAAAACAAAAACAUAAAUAUUUUAAUUUAUUAAAGAGUAUACAACAAAUUGCAGUCCGGCUGAAAAAUCGUUUUCAGGGUGCUAAUUAAUUAAUAAAUAAAUAACUAACAAGAAACAUGAGCAAGAAACUUGAAAGUAAAAGCAAGAAAAUAGUUAUGCUUACAAAAAAAAAA